AAGGCAAAACUCAAGGGGCUGCGUUUGCCAGCAGCUGCUACUGAAGGGCUCUGCUUGGGAAAAAUGUAUGUUCCUCUUCCCUGGAGAAAUUCUUGACUGACUGCCAGUAGUAACUGUCCUCUCAUUUCUCUCCCUCCAAAGCAAACAAAGAAGCUCCCAAGUGCUACUGGUGCUUGUAGGUGAGGCUGUUUACCUGUGCUCUGCCCCUGUGCUGCGGCUGAUGUCACGGCCCCUCCAUGGGAGUCAUGUGCUAAUUGAAAUGACCUGAAGAAGGAGCAGGCCAGAAGCAAAAUUUGGAUGAAGUGAUCUAGCUGAGUUGCCGUCAUGAGCAGAAGCAAGCGUGACAACAAUUUCUACAGUGUUGAAAUUGGAGAUUCUACUUUCACUGUAUUGAAACGGUAUCAGAAUUUAAAACCAAUAGGAUCAGGAGCACAAGGCAUAGUAUGUGCAGCUUACGAUGCUAUCCUUGAACGAAAUGUUGCAAUCAAGAAGUUAAGCCGACCGUUUCAGAACCAAACCCAUGCUAAAAGAGCCUACAGAGAGCUUGUUCUUAUGAAGUGCGUUAAUCACAAAAAUAUAAUCGGCCUACUGAAUGUGUUCACACCACAAAAAUCCCUGGAAGAAUUUCAAGAUGUCUACAUAGUGAUGGAGCUCAUGGAUGCAAAUCUUUGCCAAGUGAUUCAGAUGGAGCUUGACCAUGAACGAAUGUCCUAUCUUCUUUACCAAAUGCUGUGUGGUAUCAAACAUCUUCAUUCAGCUGGAAUUAUACAUAGGGAUUUAAAGCCCAGUAAUAUAGUAGUAAAGUCAGACUGCACUUUGAAGAUUCUUGACUUUGGACUGGCCAGAACUGCAGGAACUAGUUUUAUGAUGACGCCUUAUGUAGUGACUCGUUACUACAGAGCACCAGAGGUCAUCCUAGGGAUGGGAUACAAAGAAAACGUUGACAUUUGGUCAGUUGGGUGCAUCAUGGGAGAAAUGAUCAAAGGUGGUGUUUUAUUUCCUGGUACAGAUCAUAUUGAUCAAUGGAAUAAAGUUAUAGAGCAGCUAGGAACACCAUGCCCCGAAUUUAUGAAGAAAUUACAGCCUACAGUCCGAACUUACGUGGAGAAUAGACCUAAAUAUGCUGGAUAUAGUUUUGAAAAACUCUUUCCAGAUGUCCUUUUCCCAGCUGACUCUGAACAUAAUAAGCUUAAAGCAAGUCAAGCAAGGGAUCUGUUAUCAAAAAUGCUGGUUAUAGAUGCUUCUAAAAGAAUCUCGGUGGAUGAAGCCCUGCAGCACCCAUACAUCAAUGUUUGGUAUGAUCCCUCAGAAGCAGAAGCUCCUCCGCCAAAGAUACCAGAUAAACAGUUAGAUGAGAGGGAGCACACGAUAGAAGAAUGGAAAGAGUUGAUAUACAAGGAAGUCAUGGACCUGGAGGAGAGAACCAAGAAUGGGGUUAUACGUGGACAACCAGCCCCUUUAGGUGCAGCAAUGAUCAAUGGCUCUCAACAUCCAUCUUCAUCGUCAUCUGUCAAUGAUGUGUCUUCAAUGUCAACAGAUCCAACAUUGGCCUCUGAUACAGACAGCAGUCUAGAAACCUCAGCUGGACCUCUGGGUUGCUGUAGAUGACUACUUGGUCUUUUGGGGGGUGGGAGGGGGGUCCUUUUAGUCAUUAAUAGGGCACCUUUAAAAUUUGGUGGUAUUUUUGAGUGUUUUUUCAAAAAUAAUCGUAGAAUUCAUCAUAAAGUGCUGUAAUUUUAAACUGUAAGUUGUGUUAAAAGCAGCCACUUUUUUGCUGUAAUUAACUGUAAAAUAUUAAACCUGAUAAUUUUUAUUGUGGUUUUAAAAUCUGCAUAUUUGCUUUAUUAUUAUGCUGCUGAUGUUUUUUUACUGAAUUUGUAAGAUUUGUUUUAUCAAAGCACAUAUUAAUGUUGUUGUCAUUACCAUAUAAUGAAUUAUUUAAGAUUUUAUAGGUUUUCAAUUUUUUAAUUAGAAUUUAUUCCAGAUGUUUUGUUCAUGAUAUCCUUCAAAGUUUUAUGCUUGGUCAUAUGUUCAUGUCCAGGUGAAGGGGGAGGGAAUUCAGUGCAGCCAGCUGUAGUUUGGGCAUACUACUCUGGUGCUGGCAGUGAACAAAAUCCUCUUUUAUUUUGGCCACUUGCCUGUAAUACUUCAGCAAAAGCAACAAUUAGUGAAUUUUUUUUAGAGAAACAGUAUACAAUCCUUGGCAGAAUAAUCGCAUCUGAACAGUUUUAUGAACUUAAGGAAGCAAAGCAUAUCUUCAAAGCUGCAGAAAUAUCUAGCUUAACAAAGUAAUGUGAUAUUUUCUGCAGAGUUGUGGCAUGCCAAAUCUUGUGAUUGCCAUAAAACACAAGGAUACGUCAUGAAUAAUACAUUGCAAUGCCAAUAAACUGUUUACUUCUA